UAUUUUUUUUCUGACGUUCAUAAUUUUAAGCAGAAGAGUAAUGUGACUUUUGUUCCUGUCACAUGAUAUGUCCGCCUUCAUCGAGGAGGUCCGCCAUUAACGUUACCUGCGUGAAUGUUCCUGUAAUCAACAACAAAUCUGAGUUAUGUCUUCAUCAGGUGUAACCACGGCAGAUCCAAAAGAUCCUGGUGAUGUUCAGACAAGAAAAAAAAGUGGAAGUUUUGAAUUUCAGCCUCCCAGUAUGUCCUUGAGACGAAUGGUUCUGGUGGGGAGGACAGGAGCAGGUAAAAGCUCUUCUGGAAACACAAUCCUGGGCAGAAAAGCCUUUAGAGCCGCGAAAAGUGCUUCAUCUGUGACCAAAGAGUGCUGGAAGGAGACCGGAGAAGUGGACAAGCAUCAGCUGGUGCUGGUAGAUUGUCCAGGCAUCUUUGACACCACUGUAUCAGAGGCUGAAACCAUACGAGAGAUGAGUAAAUGCAUUAAUAUGACGGCUCCUGGACCUCACGCCAUCAUCCUGGUCAUUAAACUGGGUCCAUUCACUGAAGAAGAGAAACUCUCAGUGGAGAAAAUCAGAGCGGUGUUUGGAGAAGCAGCAGAUAAACACACUAUCAUCCUCUUCACACAUGGAGAUGAACUGACUGAGGACAUUGAAAUAACACUUAAAGAAGCUCGACGUGAUUUAAAAGAGCUUGUAGAGUCAUGUGGAGGACGAUAUCAUGUGUUCGACAACACUAAAGUUCACAAUCGCAAACAGGUUUUAGAGUUUCUGGAUAAGGUUGAUGAGAUGCUGCGCAUGAAUGAGGAUAAAUAUUACACCAGUGACAUGUUUCAGCAUGUGGAGAAAAUGCUGAAGGACAAAGAAGAAGAGUUCAGAAAGCUGUAUGAUCAGAAGAUAUUAGAGUUAACAGACAGAUUUCAUGAGGAGAAGACAGAACUAGAGGAGACGAUCAGACAGAUGAAAGAAUCUGGCCAAGAAAAAGAGCAGAAAAUUAAAGAGUUAAAUGAGUUAGUGAAAAAAAAGGACAGGCAGUUUAAAGAGUUUAAGCGCUUUUAUAAGCAGAAAUGCAGGAAUGUGAGACAGGAGGUGGAAGAGACUCAAGUGGAUGAAAACAUCCGAGAAAUCAGCAAAAAACUACAAAAGCUCCGUGUCUGAGGUGUUGUAUAGUUGAUUCUAAAUACUAAGAAGAUAUUUUCUUGUAAUCUGUUGCAGUUUAAAAAUAAUUAUUUUUUCAAAUUCAAAAAGAAAAUAUGUGUAUAUGAACUGAUGUGUAACUGAAGGCCUAAAUACUGAUGACAUUAACACAGAUUAUAUGAAAUCAGCUAAAUGUAAAUCUACUAUAGUGGGGAGAAUAGCUUGUUGUAUGGUACUUUCUAGUACAUGUGUUCAAAGCUACAAGACUGUGAGGGACCGAGCCAGCACGUACAGUAAGAGGCAUACAAAGAAGAUUUUCAAAAAUAAUUAUUUUUAAUAAAGUCAAAAAGGUUUACAAAAAGUUCAAAAAUAAAUUAAUUAAAUAAUUAAAUCAAUUGAAAGAACAAUAAACUAAACAAGGAAAACAAACUGAGUUCAAACCAAACAAAUCAUGUCUAAACCAAAAACAGAACUCCAUUAAAUGACAAGACAGACCACAUUUAUAGCACAGGGACUAGUCCACAUUAAACAAGAAGGGGGAG